UGGAAACAAGAGCACCAAUUCUCGAAAAUACUACGUAAAUACUAUAGGGAAACUAACCGGAGCGCUUCCUCGCUACGUCGAAUGUGUUCCGUAGUGUAGUCAACAGUGAGUAAGGAUUCUGACUGUCUUUUUGCUUGUCCCUUUUCCGUGCUUUUUAUUUUUUUUCGCCGGGCUGGUCGUUGAUAUUCUGGUCGAUGCACAGUGUGUAAGCUUCUGUCAUUAGGCUACUCUGCGAAGUAGAUUGUGGAAGAGAGACCUGCAAAGAGAUUCUGUGUUUUGAAAUUGGGAAAUCAUCUGGUUUUGCAAGGAAGUUCAUAGAAGAUUUGCAGUUUGAAGCGUCUUUUUGUGUAUAUCACGACUGCCGGGAUUUGUGGCUGCCAGUCCAAGUUGCACGGCGGAGGUUCACAAAACCUUGGAAGUCCUUACUUGAUCUUACCGGUGCAAAAUUGACUGCAUUUUUGCAUUGCAUUGUAUUUUUAUUGAAUUUCAGUGCAUCCUCUAGUACUUUAUAUUUACAAAGUCAGUCGGAAUGGUGGUAAUUAUGGCUGGAGACGGGGAAGAGGAUUAACGCGAGGAUUAGAUGCUGUGUCCACUACUACUUGUGCUAAUUUGCGGUUUAUGCCCGUGUUUUGUGUCGUUUGUGUGGAUUGAUCGCAUCUGCUUUACGCGCUACUGAUCGUUUCCGCGCGAUGACACGAGUAGGGCGUUUGUCAGUAGUAGCGGUUAAAUACAUGUUAGAUAGUCUAAUUAUCAGUGGGAGAAGAACUGGCAGCAUGCUUUUGAAUGUACCAAAGUCACGGAAUGAGAACAUAAUUUAAUAAUAGUGGCGCUGUGUGGCAUUUGUCCGUGAAACGCUAUGUACCAAAUUUGUAGAUGUAUUUAGAGUAAAUAAGGCUAGCCAACGGAAUGAUUAGUAGUGUGCACGCGAGCACUCAUAGAGAACUGAACGGACAGUAUUCCGGAGCUUGUGCGCGUCUGGUUUGAUGCGAAUAUAGAAAUCUACUGGCAUAUAUGUAUAUAGCCCAUGUAGGUCGGUUAUAGAACGCGCAUUCUGUAGGUACUGGAAGCGGUGGUGAAGUUGCAGCUGGUUAUAAGAGAGCGACUGUAAAACACAGCAUGGCUGACCGGACUGCCCCACGCUGCCAGCUCAGGCUGGAGUGGAUCUACGGAUACAGGGGACAUCAGUGCCGCAACAACCUGUACUACACGGCGAGCAAGGAGGUGGUGUACUUCGUGGCUGGCGUUGGCGUGGUUUUCAACACCCGGGACCACACUCAGAGGUUCUACCUUGGACACAAUGACGACAUUAUCAGCCUCGCUUUGCACCCGGAUAAAGUUCAGGUGGCGACGGGCCAGGUGGGGAGGGAGCCGUACAUCUGCGUGUGGGACACCUACGGGGUGCAGACCGUGUCCAUCCUGAAGGACAUGCACACACACGGCGUGGCCUGCCUGGGUUUCGAUGGUGACGGACAGCGGCUGGUCUCCGUGGGCCUGGAUUCUAAAAAUACGGUGUGUGUGUGGACGGCAGAAGGCAAGAUCUUUGACAUUGCCUGGGAUCUAUACCAGCAGAACAGGCUGGUGAGCUGUGGGGUGAAGCACAUCAAGUUUUGGGCCCUGUGUGGGAACGCUCUGACCCCAAAGAGGGGGGUGUUUGGGAAGGUGGGGGACCUGCAGACUGUCCUCUGCCUGGCCCUGGCGAAGGAGGAGGUGACGUACUCAGGGGCUCUUAACGGGGACAUAUACGUGUGGAAGGGACUGAGCCUGGUCCGCACACUGCAAGCCGCACACACUGCAGGGAUUUUCAGCAUGUACGCGUGUGAGGAGGGUUUCGCCACCGGGGGGCGUGAUGGCUGCAUACGCCUGUGGGACGGAGAGUUUAAGCCCAUCACCAAAAUCGACCUGCGGGAGGCGGAGCAGGGCUACAAAGGCCUGUCGAUUCGCAGUGUGUGUUGGAAAGCAGACCGCCUCCUGGCUGGGACUCAGGACAGUGAGAUAUUUGAGGUGAUGGUUCAGGAGCGGGACAAGCCUGUUCUGAUCAUGCAGGGGCACAGUGAGGGGGAGCUCUGGGGCCUCGCCCCCCACCCCAAACAGCCACUUGCUGUUACCGGGAGCGACGACCGGUCCGUGCGGCUAUGGAGUUUGACGAGCCACACCCUGAUUGCUCGCUGCAAUAUGGAGGAGGCGGUCCGAAGCGUGGCCUUUAACAACGACGGCUCCCAGCUGGCCCUGGGCAUGAAGGACGGCUCCUUCACUGUGCUCCGUGUCAGGGACAUGACGGAGGUGGUGCACAUUAAGGACAGGAAGGAAGUGAUCCACGAGAUGAAGUUCUCCCCGGACGGCUCGUACCUGGCGGUGGGCUCCAACGACGGGCUGGUGGACGUGUACGCCGUGGGCCAGCGCUUCAAGAAGGUGGGCGAGUGCAGCCGGGCCCGGAGCUUCAUCACUCACCUGGACUGGUCUGUGGACGGCAGGCUCCUGCAGACCAACGAUGGGGACGGAGAGAGGCUCUUCUACCGCAUGCCCUCUGGUAAAUGCGUCACCAUUAAAGAGGAGCUCAAGGGGGUCCACUGGGUCUCCUGGACCUGCGUGAUCGGGCCCGAGGUCAGCGGCAUCUGGCCCAAAUACUCACACCUCUACGACAUCAACUCCCUGGACGCCAACUACAGCAGCGGCGUGCUGGCCAGCGGGGACGACUUCGGCCUGGUCAAGCUCUUCCGCUUCCCCGGACUGAGGAAAGGGGCAAAAUUCAAAAGGUACAUCGGACACUCUGCCCAUGUGACCAAUGUGCGCUGGUCACAUGACCUGCAGUGGCUCCUGAGCACGGGCGGGGCUGACCACGCCCUGUUCCAGUGGAGGUUUCUGCCCGAGGGGGUGAUGAAUGGGAUACUGGAGCCACUUCUCCAAGAGGGGUAUGCUGACUCCAACAGUGAGGCGUCGGACUCUGACCUAUCAGAUGUCCCAGAGCUGGACUCAGACAUCGAGCAAGAGGCCCAGAUGAGCUAUGAGCGGCAGGUGUAUAAGGAGGACCUCCCCCAGCUGAAGCAGCAGGGUCGGGAACAGAAGCAGCUGCUCAGCUCACUCACACGGCAGAAGGCUCCAGAGGAGAGGCUGCGGCUUCAGUUUGUCCACGGGUACCGCGGCUGGGACUGUAGGAAUAACUUGUUCUACACGCAGACGGGGGAGGUGGUGUACCAUGUGGCGGCCGUGGCCGUCGUCUACAACCGGCAGCAGCACUCGCAGCGCUUCUACCUGGGCCACGACGACGACAUCCUCAGCCUGGCCGUGCACCCGCUCAAGGACUAUGUGGCAACCGGGCAGGUGGGACGGGAUCCUGCUAUCCACAUCUGGGACAUCCAGAGCCUCAAGUGCUUAUCACUCCUGAAGGGCCAUCACCAGAGAGGGGUGUGUGCACUGGAGUUCACAGCUGACGGGAAGAACCUGAUAUCGAUUGGAAUCGAUGACGGUCACAUGAUAGCGAUAUGGGACUGGAAGAAGGGCGAGAAGCUGGCGACCGCAAGGGGACACAAGGACAAGCUGUUUGUGGUGAAGAGUAACCCGUUUCGGAUGGACAAGCUGGUCACCGUAGGCGUGAAGCACAUCAAGUUCUGGCAGCACACAGGCGGGGGUCUGACAUUUAAACGUGGGGUCUUCGGGAACCUGGGCAAGCUGGAGACGAUGAUGUCGGCGUGCUACGGGCGGGCGGAGGAGCUGGUGUUCUCGGGCGGAGCCACGGGGGACGUGUUCAUUUGGAAGGACAUCAAGCUGGUGAAGACUGUCAAAGCCCACGAUGGGCCCGUGUUCGCCAUGUACUCUCUGGACAAGGGUUUUGUUACAGGAGGAAAAGACGGAGUGGUGGAGCUGUGGGACGACAUGUUCGAGCGCUGCCUGAAGACCUACGCCAUCAAGAGACUGGCACUGACCCCUGCGUCCAAGGGGUUGCUGCUGGAGGAUAACCCCGCUGUGAGGGCCAUCACUCUGGGCCACGGACGCAUCCUGGUGGGCACCAAGAACGGGGAGGUCCUGGAAAUUGACAAGAGCGGCCCGAUGACCCUGCUGGUACAGGGUCACAUGGAGGGGGAGGUUUGGGGUCUGGCGGCUCACCCGCUGCUCCCCAUGUGCUCCACGGUGAGCGACGACAAGACCCUUCGCAUCUGGGAGCUCUCAGCCAAUCACCGCAUGGUUGCCGUGCGCAAGCUCAAGCGAGGUGGACGAUGCUGUGCCUUCUCCCCGGAUGGGAAGGCCCUAGCAGUGGGGCUAAAUGACGGCAGCUUCCUGGUGGUGAACGCUGACACGCUGGAGGACAUGGUGUCUUUCCAUCACAGGAGGGAUAUCAUCUCUGAUGUCAGAUUCUCACCAGAUUCUGGUAAAUACCUGGCGGUGGCAUCUCAUGACUCUUUUGUGGAUAUCUACAACGUGCUGACCAGCAAGAGGGUGGGCAUCUGUAAGGGGGCGUCCAGCUACAUCAGACACAUCGACUGGGAUACCCGUGGUAAAUUACUUCAAGUCAAUUCAGGUGCCAAAGAGCAAUUAUUCUUUGAAGCCCCAAGAGGGAAGAGGCAAACGAUCCCAUCCACAGAGGUGGAGAAGGUGGAGUGGGCCACCUGGACCUCGGUUUUGGGGCCUACCUGCGAGGGGAUCUGGGCCCCCCACAGCGACGUCAACGCCGCCGCCCUCACCCGGGAGCGCACGCUCCUGGCCACCGGCGAUGAUUUUGGCUUUGUCAAGCUGUUCACCUACCCCGUGAAGGGGCUGCAUGCCAAGUUUAAACGGUACGUGGGCCACAGCGCCCAUGUGACCAACGUGCGCUGGUCGCAGGACGACGGCUCGCUGCUGACGGUGGGCGGGGCCGACACGGCGCUGAUGAUCUGGGCGCGGGAGCCGGGGGGAGGGGGAAACCGUGAGAACAAACCCGUGGACAGCGAGGAGUCCGACGACGACGCCGAGGAGGACGGCGGGUAUGACAGUGACGUUGCCCGGGAGAAGGUGACGGACUACGUCUCUAAGAUCUAUGCAGAAAACAUCCGGCAGAUGACUGGUACCAAACCCCACCACCAGCAAAAGGAGGCCCUGCCGGAGGAGAGCCGGCCCCCAGUUAGCAGAGGUGCCCCAUUGCCUGAAAAACUACAGAAGAACAACGUCACGAAGAAGAAUAAAAUGGUGGAGGACCUGGUGCUGGAUCACGUGUUUGGGUACCGGGGCUUCGACUGUCGCAACAACCUGCAUUACCUCAACGAUGGCGCUGACAUCAUCUUCCACACCGCGGCGGCCGCCGUGGUGCAGAACCUCUCCAUGGGAACCCAGAGUUUCUACCUGGAGCACACAGAUGACAUCCUAUGUCUGACUGUCAAUCAGCACCCUAAAUUCCAAAAUGUCAUAGCGACGGGACAGAUUGGUGAUGUCACAGACCUCCCAGGCACCUCCCCCUGCAUCCACGUGUGGGACGCCGCGAGCAAGCAGACGCUGUCCGUCCUGCGCUGCUCGCACGGGAAGGGCGUCGGCUACGUCAACUUCAGCGCCACGGGCAAGCUGCUGCUCUCUGUGGGGGUGGAGCCAGAACACUUGCUGACCGUCUGGCGCUGGCAGGAAGGGGCCAAAGUGACCAGUAAAGGGGGCCACAUGGACCGGAUCUUCGUGGUGGAGUUCCGGCCGGACUCUGACACGCAGUUCGUGUCGGUGGGGAUCAAACACAUAAAGUUCUGGACGCUGGCGGGGGGGUCCCUCAUGUAUAAAAAAGGGGUGAUCGGCUCUGUGGAGGAUGGCAAAAUGCAGACUAUGCUGUCUGUGGCUUUUGGUGCUAAUAACCUGACUUUCACUGGUGCCAUAAACGGGGACGUGUUCGUGUGGCGGGAUCACUUCCUGGUGCGCGUGGUGGCCAAAGCUCACUCCGGCCCGGUGUUCACCAUGUACACCACGCUGAGAGACGGCCUCAUCGUCACCGGCGGCAAGGAGAGACCGACUAAGGAGGGCGGGGCAGUGAAGCUCUGGGAUCAGGAGAUGAAGCGCUGUCGGGCCUUCCAGCUGGAGACCGGCCAGGCGGUGGAGAAUGUGCGGUCCGUGUGCCGGGGGAAGGGUAAGAUCCUGGUGGGGACGAAGGAUGGUGAGAUCAUCGAGGUGGGGGAGAAGAACGCCGCCUCCAACAUCAUGAUGAACGGGCACAUGCAGGGGGAGAUCUGGGGCCUGGCCACACACCCCUCCAAAGACACGUUCAUCUCUGCCAGCGACGACGGGACCAUCCGCAUCUGGGACCUGGCGGACAAAAAACUGCUGAAUAAAGUGAGCCUGGGCCAGCCGGCGAAGUGCGCCUGCUACAGCCCUGAGGGCGAGAUGGUGUCCAUCGGCCUGCAGAACGGGGAGUUCAUCGUCCUCAUGGUCGCCUCGCUCACCGUCUGGGGGAAGAAGCGGGACCGCAGCGUCCCCGUGCAGGACGUCCGGUUCAGCCCGGACGGCCGGCUGCUGGCGGUGGGCGCGCUGGAGGGCACGGUGGAUUUCUAUGACCUGACGCUGGGCCCCGCCCUCAAUCGCAUCGGCUUCUGUAAAGACGUGCCCAGCUUCGUCAUCCAGAUGGACUUCAGUGCCGACAGCAAGUAUAUCCAGGUGUCCACUGGGGCCUACAGGCGGCAGGUGUACGAGGUGCCCACAGGGAGGCCGGUGUCUGAGCAGACCGUCAUCGACAGGAUCACCUGGGCCACCUGGACCAGUGUUCUGGGAGAUGAAGUCCUUGGGAUCUGGCCGCGGAACUCAGAGAAGGCGGAUGUGAACUGUGCCUGCGUGUCGCAUGCUGGGCUCAACGUUGCCACCGGGGACGACUUCGGCCUGGUCAAGCUCUUCGACUUCCCCUGCACCGAGAAAUUUGCCAAACACAAGCGCUACUUCGGCCACUCCGCUCACGUGACCAACAUUCGCUUCUCCCACGACGACAAGUACGUCAUCAGCACCGGAGGCCACGACCACAGUGUUUUCAUAUGGAAGUGCCUCUGACAGAGAAGCUUCCGGAAGGCCGCCGUAGUCCGCUUCCCGUUCCGACGCCUCGAACGUCUGGCCGCUGCGAACCUCUUCCUGAUAUGCUGCAUUCACAUAUUCCUCCCGCUAAACCGCGGUGCUGCAGGCCCCUCCCUGCGGGGCGGGGCUGCAGGGUGGGUGUGCUCUGCAAUAACUCACAAAUACCGCUUUAUAACUGUUCACAAUCAGUUUAUAAGUGCUUUCGAUCUCUCUGUGACUGUCAAGAAGGACCUAAUAACUAUCAGUACUAUCUAUAUAUCAUAACUGUCUGUAAUCGCAUUCUGUCUGUAAUUCAUUCACUGUUCAUUAUUACAGAAACUGUCCAUAAUCACUCAAUAACUAUCAGUAGGUACUUAAUUAUCAGUACGCAUGGUCUACAGUAACGUCAUAGCUGUGUAAGAACUUGCCUGUCAAAAGGAACCUAAUCAAUGUCCAUAUGCGUGUAAUAGCUGUGGUAAUUGAAUUGUCCACGAGAACUUGGUGCUCAGUUGGAGCCAGGCUUUGAUCCUCUGUGAAGGUGUACACAGAUUUUGGACAUAUUUAUAUUUUUGGCUGCUGUAGAAUGAUUCUGUGGAAUAUGGACCUUUGUUUACAUUCUUGCACACACUGAGCUGAAAGUGACAGCAGGUGCAGGUGUGAACACUGUCAAUCAAAUCAAGAAUUUGGCUGCAUGGUUUCCCAGCUGCAAUGUUUUACAAAAAGCCUUUUAACAUGUGCAAGUGCCUAAUAUAUUUUUUUACACUAUCUGGUGCUACCAAUUGUGAACUGAGGGCUGUCAAUCAAGUUCUUAUCAUUCCCUCAGUACGCGGAAAGGUUUUGUGGUUUUGCACAGAAAUUGUGGCGUGUGAUUGGUUGAUGUAUUUAUCUGACCACUUCCACCAGGAAAUAUCUAAACACAAGGUGCUCAGGAGUUAUCCCGGGGGUUAGUAAUGUACUAACAGGAGGGCUCCUGUGUGUUCUAAAGUAUUUUUUUAUUUUUGUAUCGUUCAAAAUGUUACUGUAUCUGUAUGUAUUUAAAUAGUUAUCCAACUCGUAUGAAAUAGUAGUGUUUGUCUGGGGGUGGGGGGUUGUAAGAGGUUGGUGUGAUCAUUGUUCUGGGGGGGGGGGGGGGGUUUACAGGUUAACAGUAAGGAUGGAUGCUAAACCAUCUUGUUUUUCCAAAAACACUUCCUGCUGUAUGAGGACUAUACCAUUCUCAGUAAAAGAACAGGAGACAAUCUGUUGGAGACCAAGGGUGGAGUGGUCAAAUCAAAAGAGAGCAUGUCCACUGCCCAAACCACCCUGUGCCUCAGCCACUCACAGCCACACCCUACUCCCUCUAUUCCAGGGAUGAAAGAUCUGUAGAUAUGUGGAUUUCCAUGUAUCAACCUUUUUUUUUUCUUUUUUUUAUUGAAACCUUGUGCAGUUGAAACUUCCACACAAGCUAAACCAGUGAGUAAUGAGAAGAUUUUUUUGCUGCAAUCAUGUAUGCACCUCGUACUCGAUGCUGCUGAGCCCGUCUACCCCUCCACAGGUGUCAGUCACACCUGGCCCUCUCUUACCUGCAAGGUGUAGCUCGUCUUGCUGCAGUCCACCCUCUGCUUACCAGAAUCAGCAGUGGCUGUGGAAUCUUCUUCACCGUUACAUUCAUGCUAAUGUGCACUGAAUGAAAGCGAUGCUUUAAAUCAGGGCUGCCCAACCCUGUUCCUGGAGGUCUACCAUCCUAUAGGUUUUCACUCCAGCCCUAACAAAGCACCUCAUUCAACAGCUAGAGGUCUCCCUGAGCUGCUAAUUAGUAGAAUCAGGUGUGUAAAAUUUUAAUGAAAACCUACAGGACUGUAGAUCUCCAAGAACACGGUCGGCCUGUCAUGCUCUAAAUGUACAAGCCGUCAAAGUUUUGACAAAGAGCAUUUUUUAUUUAUUUAGGGAUAACCUUUUUAUUUUUAGAACCUGUAGAAUGAUGUUAAUAGAUGAUGAGUGGAAAGAAAUGUAUUCAGAUGUUCAACGUGAUAUGGAUUAAAAACAUGACGAUAAAUGAUGUAAUGGACUUGGUAUUACUUUUCUUCUUGAAAUCUUGUAACAAUAACAUUCAUCCCCAAAUUAAAUCAAAAUCCUGGAAAUGACACAUUUCUGUGAGUCACCUGGGGGACUAGGAGUAUUCUCAUGAGGUGAUGUGUUGGCAUGGAAACAGCUUUGAUUCCAGGAUUUGGGACUGGGAGAACAGAAGCAGCAUGGAGUUAGCCUCUGUGACAUCAUCAGUGACAUCAUCGACCUACUGAAUAUCCUCAGACAGGCACAAUCAAACACAAUGGUUCCCAACCCUCUUCCUGGAGCUCUACCAUCCCUGUAGGUUUUCACUCCAACCCUAACAAAGCACACCUCAAUCAAAAGCUAGAGAUUGCAUUGAGCUGCUAAUUUCCACACAGACAUAAUCCAUCUAUUAUUUCUCUUACUCAGACAGGCAUAAUCAAUCUAUCAUAUCUCCACACAGGCACAAUCAGCCUAGCAAAUCUAAAGAGAUAAUCGACCUACAGUAUUCACCAUACAUUCACAC